ACGGCGUUACUGCUGUCCGCGCUGCUGCAUUGCUCCGCCCUCCCCCCCCCGCACCGAGCGCACGUCUCCCUGCUUACAGCAAACCGCGUACAGGGAGGAGAUCGCACCUUUUCCUGCUCCACAAAUAUAUAAAUCAUGACUAUAUGGUAUAAGAAAGAUAAUGCGGCGCAAAAACCAUCGACGAAGAUUCUUAUCCUGCGUAUUGUGUCGAUUUCUACGGAAGACUGAGCGUAUAGAGAUGUGUAAGACAGGAACACUACGGGCAUCUUUAAUUUAUAUGCGUCAGUAUUAUUGAUGAUUUUAUGUGGCGGAGCUUUCUCCGCAUUUUCCGUCUUCCCAUUCAAUGGUGCAGAGAUUCAGCUGCGUCUACAUGGAGCCGCCCCCGGUCCCUCUUAAUGAGGCGAAUGGGGCGUUGAUCUGGCCGCUUUCUGGAUGUGAAAGUUUCGCGUUUGGUAACAUGGCGUUUAUGUAAGAUCUUCAUGGUUCUCCCCACCCCUAUCGAUAGGCAGCAUCUGCUGCCAUAGAUGCAUCCCGAGGUCCUCCCUGCAGAUUGCUGCAUGGUGUUUUAUGGUGAUAUUGGCUGUGUUGAUCACUACAGAGUUACCCUGCACCCCUGCAUUUCCAUGAUAUGACAGUUCUAAUGUGGACAUGUUCCAGAAACCACUGCGUUCAUGUGCGUCGCAUGCAAUUUACUGCAGGAGACUUUUCAUUUUUUGCCUGGAAUAGAGAACAGAACAUUUUGGAUUUAUCCUGUUACACAUAUUGUUUUUAACCCCUGGAUUGUUUUAAACAAGGAUACAAAAAAUAAAGUUUUUUGGGAAGCUUUAUUACUUUAAGCAUGGCGUGAGACAUGAAUUCAAGGGACAUUUUUUGGCAAUGGGAAGGCUGCAGCCAAGCAGAUGGACUGUUGCAUAUAUGGAGAGGAUUUCAUAUGACAGUUAAUUCAGUGCCAAUAGCCCACUAUACAUAGUCGUGCAGGGAGGCUGGAUUGCUCAGUUUUUCGUGUUUCCCCACCUCAGCAUUGUCCCUGUACUUGUAACCUCCAAACCUGGAGAGUUUCACACGUUUUUGCAGCAUGGCUGUUGCAAUGAGGAAUGCUGCCUAUUUGAUUUGGGUCAGCCUGGUUCUGUGCUGUCUGGCAGAUGUCGGCUCGGGUUUGGAGUUCACGGGGGCAGAAGGCCAGUGGGCCCGGUUCCCGGUGUGGAACGCCUGCUGCGAGAGUGAGAUGAGUUUCAACAUGAAGACCAGGAGCUCCCAUGGCCUGCUCGUCUAUUUCGACGACGAGGGUUUCUGUGACUUCCUGGAGCUGCUGAUACACAAUGGGAAGUUGAACCUACGUUUCUCUAUCUUCUGCGCUGAGCCUGCCACCGUGCUAUCAGACACCGCCGUCAAUGACAGCCUUUGGCACUCGGUGGCCAUCAGGAGGAACUUCAAAAACACCACACUUAUUGUGGACAAGGAGAUUAAGUGGGUGGAAGUGAAGUCAAAAAGGAGGGACAUGACUGUUUUCAGUCACCUCUUUGUGGGCGGCAUCCCCCCUGAGCUGCGAGCGGUGGCGCUCCGGCUGACCUCGGCAGCCAUCAGGGACCAGGUGCCCUUCAAAGGGUGGCUAACUGACCUGAAGGUCAACAGCUCGGAGCCCAUACUGAUCAGCAGUGAGGAGGUCAGAAACAAUAUCUGUGCCAUGGACAUGUGCUUAAAUGGAGGGGUUUGCAGUGUAGUGGAUGACCAGCCCACCUGUGACUGCUCGCAGACUGGCUUCCAGGGAAAGGACUGCAGCGAAGAAGACGUCUAUAUGCCAGGUCUGGCACACCUGAUGAUGGGCGACCAAGGUAAAAGCAAAGCAGGAGCCUUUGGCUUGAUGCACGGCAUCAAAACAUACACCCAAGGAAAAGAGGAAUAUGUAGCAACAUUCAAAGGAUCGGAGUUCUUCCGUUACGACCUGUCAUUGAAUCCAAUCCAGAGUAGCAGUGAUGAGAUCACACUGUCCUUUCGUACGCUGCAGCGUAAUGGUCUCAUGCUCCACACUGGCAAGUCGGCCGACUACGUCAACCUGGCACUGAAGAAUGGUGCUGUUUCCCUUGUGAUCAACCUGGGCUCUGGAGCCUUUGAGGCCCUGGUGGAGCCAGUCAACGGCAAAUUUAAUGACAAUGAAUGGCACGAUGUCAAAGUAACCAGGAAUUUACGUCAGCACGCAGGCAUUGGACACGCUAUGGUCACGAUAUCAGUCGAUGGCAUUCUGACCACCACAGGAUACACACAGGAGGACUACACUAUGCUGGGCUCCGAUGACUUUUUCUAUGUCGGAGGCAGCCCCAGCACAGCAGACCUGCCCGGAUCUCCUGUGAGCAACAACUUCAUGGGUUGCUUGAAAGAGGUGGUCUACAAGAACAACGACGUCAGGCUGGAACUUUCUCGGUUAGCGCAGCAGGGGGAUGCCAAAAUGAAGGUGCACGGGACAGUAGCCUUCAAGUGCGAGAGCGUAGCCACUCUGGACCCCGUGACUUUCGAGACACCAGAGUCUUUUGUGGCUCUGAGCUCUUGGGCAGCCCGUCGGACCGGUUCCAUAUCCUUCGAUUUCCGCACCACAGAACCCAAUGGGCUGUUGCUCUUUAGCCACGGCCGCCCCAAGCCCCGCAAAGAGGCCCGUGGGCCCCAGGCCCUCAAGGUGGACUUCUUUGCUAUCGAAAUGCUGGACGGCCACCUGUACCUGCUGCUGGACAUGGGCUCUGGCACCACGAAGACCCGGGCCGUCAAUAAGAAGGUCAAUGAUGGCGAAUGGUACCAUGUGGACUUUCAGCGAGAUGGGAGAUCAGGUACCAUUUCUGUCAACACGCUGCGCACCAGCUACACGGCACCAGGUGACAGUGAGGUACUGGACCUUGAUGAGCACCUUUACCUUGGUGGGCUGCCAGAGAACCGCCAAGGCUUGAUCUUUCCCACGGAGGUAUGGACAGCCCUGCUCAACUAUGGCUACGUGGGCUGCGUGCGCGAUCUGUUUGUGGAUGGCCAGAGCAAGGAUGUGAGAAGGCUGGCUGAGGCCCAGAGGGCAGCCGGGGUCAAGCCAUCCUGCACCAAAGAGCCUCCCAAGCAGUGCAUCAGCAACCCUUGCCAGAACAGCGGGGUGUGCCGUGAGGGCUGGAACCGCUACGUGUGUGACUGUUCUGGAACCGGCUACCUGGGCCGGUCCUGUGAAAGAGAUGCCACCAUUCUGAGCUACGAUGGUAGUAAGUUUAUGAAGAUCCAGCUGCCGGUGGCCAUGCACACAGAAGCAGAGGAUGUAUCGCUCCGAUUUCGCUCACAGAGGGCCUACGGCCUACUGGUUGCUACCACAUCCCGAAACUCAGCCGACACCCUGCGCCUGGAGCUUGAUGCUGGCCGCAUUCGCCUUACGGUCAACCUAGGCAAAGGCCCGGAGACCAUCUUCGCUGGUUCCAACCUCAAUGAUGAUGACUGGCACACAGUUCGUGUGAUGAGGAGGGGGCGGAGCCUCAAACUAACUGUGGAUGAGUCUCCAUCCUCUGAAGGUCAGAUGGCUGGUGACCACACCCAGCUGGAGUUCCACAAUGUAGAGACAGGCAUUGUGACGGAACGGCGCUUUGUCUCCGCCGUGCCUUCCAAUUUUAUUGGCCACCUGCAGGGCCUUUCCUUCAACGGGAUGACCUACAUCGAUCUCUGCAAGAAUGGAGACAUUGACUACUGCGAGUUGAACGCCAUGAUUGGCUUUAAGAACAUCAUUGCUGACCCUGUGACCUUCCGGUCACGGUCCAGCUUCGUCACGCUCAGCACGCUGCAGGCAUAUUACACCAUGCACCUUUUCUUCCAGUUUAAGACCACCUCACCUGAUGGGCUUAUUCUCUACAACAGUGGUGAUGGCAAUGACUUCAUUGUGGUGGAACUGGUCAAGGGGUAUCUGCAUUAUGUGUGUGACCUUGGCAAUGGGGCCAAUCUGAUCAAAGGCAAUUCCAACAAGCCAUUAAAUGAUAACCAGUGGCACAAUGUGAUGAUCUCCCGGGACACCAACAACCUUCACACAGUUAAAAUUGACACCAAGGUCACCACCCAAACCACUGCAGGUGCCAAGAAUUUGGAUCUGAAAGGUGACCUGUAUGUAGGGGGUGUGGCUAAGGACAUGUACAGGGACCUCCCCAAGCUGGUUCAUGCACGGGAGGGGUUCCAGGGCUGCCUGGCCUCACUGGACCUGAACGGGCGUCUCCCAGACCUGCUGUCAGAUGCCCUGACCAGUAUGGGGCAGGUGGAGCGUGGAUGUGAAGUUGCAUUGAUGAAAGCUGACUUGCAAGGCCCAAGCACCACCUGCCAGGAGGACUCCUGCUCCAACCAGGGCGUGUGUCUGCAGCAGUGGGAGGGCUUCAGCUGCGACUGCAGCAUGACCUCCUUCGGGGGACCCUUCUGCAAUGAUGUGGGAACAACAUACAUUUUUGGACGUGAUGGUGGGGUGAUCGUGUACACCUGGCCACCCAACGAGCGACCCAGCACCCGCUCUGAUCGGCUGGCCAUGGGCUUCAGCACGCAGGUGAAGGAAGCAGUUCUGAUGCGUGUCGAGAGCUCAUCAGGCCUGGGGGACUUCCUGCAACUGCACAUCGAAAAGGGAAACAUUGGUGUCAUCUUCAAUGUUGGCACUGAUGACAUCUCUAUCAAAGAGACAAGCAAGUUUGUGAACGACGGGAAGUACCACAUUGUGCGCUUUACCAGGAGUGGUGGCAAUGCCACCUUGCAGCUAGAUGAGCUGCCUGUGAUGGAGCAUUACCCUACAGGCAACAUUGAUAACGAACGCCUGGCGAUUGCUAGACAGCGAAUCCCAUAUCGACUCGGUCGAGUAGUUGACGAAUGGCUACUCGACAAAGGGCGACAACUCACCAUCUUCAACAGUCAGAGCACCAUAAAGGUGGGAGGCCUGGACCGUGACCGCCCAUUCCAGGGCCAGCUUUCAGGCAUGUACUACAAUGGCCUCAAGGUGUUCAGCAUGGCAGCUGAGGGAGACUCCAACAUCAGGGUUCAGGGCAGUGUACGGCUUGUGGGAGACUCACCGGCCUCCAACACACCCCAGUCCAGUGCCGCAGGAAACCGUUCAGACAGCCACCCCUCCCUCACCGGGAUGAGCACAACGACCGCCACCAACCGGAGAAACCAGCCUGCCCCGCGAGACCCUCAGCAGCCAACAGAUGAUCUGCUGGUGGCAUCAGCUGAAUGUCCCAGUGAUGAUGAGGACAUUGACCCUUGUGAGCCAAGUUCAGCAAACCCCACUGUUCCGGGAGCAAAGGGAUACCCAGGCCCCUCUGAAGUGAUCCGGGAGUCCAGCAGCACCACAGGCAUGGUGGUGGGCAUCGUGGCCGCCGCGGCGCUCUGCAUCCUCAUCCUGCUCUACGCCAUGUACAAAUACCGCAACCGCGACGAGGGCUCCUACCAUGUGGAUGAGAGCCGCAACUACAUCAGCAACUCUGCAACGCAGCCCAAUGGUGCUGUGGUCAAGGAGAAACCACCAGGUGGCAUCAAGAUCUCCAGCAAGAACAAGAAGAACAAGGACAAGGAGUACUAUGUCUGAGGCUUCUCUGUCUCAGCACCAAAAGGAGAGGCCGUCUUCUGUACAGUAAUAAAACUCAAGAUUACUCUUUAUUUUGUUUUCAACUUGGUUUACUGUAAAAAGAACUAAUAUGUUAUACAGAAGCACAUCUAUCCAAAAAAGAACAGCACAUCAAAAAGAAAAAAAACUAUACUUUUCAACUUGAAAGAAACCACGGCAAAUGAGCCGUUUGCCAUUCUUAUUGCUGGGUAACCAGCCAAUCUGGGAGGGGGGUGAUUGUGUGUGAGGGGUGGUGGGUGGGUGAAGGGACCAAAUGCCAGUGUUUUCAAUAAUGUUUCUUCUGUUUGUGUUACUGGGAUAUUUUAUAUAUACAUAUAUAUAUAUAUAUAUAUAUAAAAACUAAUCAAUGUGUUAUUAUUGUGGGUUUCUGGGGCAACUGUGCACAAUUACUGGUUUGGGGGAACAAACCAGAAGUAUGUGGAAUCAACCCUUUUGUUUUGUUUCUAGCAGAAGAGGCAACUGAAAAGGACCAGAGUAUGCCAACCAGCUAAUCUGUCAAAACAGUUACUAAAUAGACUUGUUUUAAAAACAAAGCAAAUAAUGUUGUCUAGAAAAAAAAGAGUAUGGAAGCCUUAAUUUGAAUCCUAAUGUGAAGUUUAAGGAUUAUGUUUCUUUUGACAGGGAUGAGGGGAAAACUCCUUGCACGCAAAGUAUAUUAUAUUAUAUAUGUUUCUAUCCAGUAAAACACAUCUCUGUGUGCUUUCUGGAUUGUGGCUGGUGGUGUUUUAUAGCCUGUUGUAUAGAUGAUGCUACGGUAUAACUGCUCUUCACAAAUUUUUAUUAAAAGAGAAGAAUUGUCAAAAUGAUAAAAAAUUAAAUGUUAACUCAUGGUAUUGACAAAAGUUUGGUUUUUGAUGAUAGCAUUUGCUUUCAAAUAUUCAGUUACGUAUCAUUUUAUGCGUUUAUAAAUAUGUGUUUUAUCAAGCUGUUAAUUAUUUCUGCCCAUGUCUAAAUAUUUUGUCUCAUUCACCUGUUGAUAAAAUUAACUGGGAAUCAACAAAAGUAUAUCAUGUUCAUCACACCAAGGAAACCAAAUAGUUUUGGUGACAGGAAGUCAGGUGAUAUAUCAUAUCAUAGGGUCUCACUCAUAGGAAGUCACAUGAGGUAUCAGGUUCCCAAUGAUAUUUUUUCACACAUAUGUGAGAUGUCAGCUGUCAUGUAUUCAAUAUAAACCAUAUACAUGAAGAGAAUAAAAUUCUCCAUAAAAGGAUGGUAAUUUUACAUUUUCUUUUUAAUUUUAUUUGUAAAUGUACAUUUUCUAGAGUAUUUUGCUUUGGUUUUUGUUACAAUUCUUUAACAACCUCAAAGCAAAAAAUUAUCUUUAAAACAGUUUUGAGAAAUUUAAUUAAAUAAAUGAAAUAUUGCUAAAGUGAA